AAGCUUGUAUCAUAAAAGUCAAGAUGAAUAAUUCAGUUCAAUUCAGACCACUCCUGGAAAUCACCAGUGCUCAAUUGUGUCAGUAUGAGUCUACCGGAUAGGGAAAGGUUGCAGACUUGCAGCCUCAGGCACCACAGCAUCACACCACCCGCAAAACUCCGCUGGGCCAAACCUCCAACCGCACCUCACAAGCAUCACUAGGUACCAACCACCUCUUCUUUCUGCCACGACCGAGUCCAUCUCCCACCUAGGGAAGAGCAAAAAUAACUUAAUCAAUUCGAUCUCUGCUUUGAUUCUCUCCUCUCCAAUGGCCUCUACCACUCUCUUCCGCCUCGCGACGCGAUCCAUUCGCCCGGCAAGCUUCGUCAGAGCUUCGUCGUACGCUCCUCGUUGCAGCCAGCCUGUUCGCUCCUCCUUCGCUAUUGCCAAUAACUUCAGCACUUCUGCCAAGCUUCGCAGUGGUCAUGAGGAAGAGACCUACGAGGAGUUCUCUGCCAGAUACGAAAAGGAAUUCGAUGCCGUCCAAGAUGUUUUCGAGCUCCAGCGCAACCUGAACAACGCUUUCGCCUACGAUCUCGUCCCCUCUGUUGAAGUUCUCUCUGCUGCUCUUCGCGCAGCUCGCCGUGUCAACGACUUCCCCACUGCCGUCCGAGUCUUUGAAGGUAUCCGGGCCAAGGUGGAGAACGAAGGUCAAUAUAAGCAAUAUCUCGAAGCCCUCGAAGGUCUCCGAAAUGAGCUCGGCGUCCCUCUUCGGGAGGAGCUCUACCCUAAGAACGAGUAAGAAGAUAGCGAUUAAUGCUACUUCUAAUAUCUUGCUUGCUUUUUGCCUUCGCUCGUGUGUGCCCUGUGCGAUCAUGUGUGAUCAUGUGUCAUAGUCUGAAAUCUUUCGCCUUCUCAAUCCUGGAGAGAAAUCUGUAUAGAUAAAUAGAAAGCUUUGUGGAUGAAGAAA